AUGAGCUCCCAGAAAGGGAACGUGGCUCGUUCCAGGCCUCAGAGGCACCAGAAUAUGUUUAGCUUCAAAAAUGACAAGUUUGAUAAGAGUGCUCAGACCAAGAAAAUUAAUGCAAAACUUCAUGAUGGAGUAUGUCCGCGUUGUAAAGAAGUUCUUGAGUGGCGUGUAAAAUAUAGCAAGUACAAACCAUUAUCAAAGCCUAAAAAAUGUGUUAAAUGUUUACAAAAGACAGUGAAGGACUCUUAUAUGUGUAGAUCAUGUGCCUGUGAACUUGAAGUUUGUGCCAAAUGUGGAAAGAGAGAAGAUAUUGUUAUUCCGUUAAAUAAAGAAUCAGAAAAGACAGAAAAUGUUGAAAAUAAUCUACUUCCCAGCCACAGAAGGUGCAGAAGAAACAAAGUGAUGAUGAUUUAG